AUGGAAAGUCGAGCUACCACAACAGAAUCCAAGCAUAUAUAUCCAACGUCUCCUUGGAUCCAAGCCCAUACAAUAUCAUCCUCGGGUUCGGCUUCUUACUUCAGCGACGUCUCCUCCCGCGUUCCGGCCCAGCUAGAUUUCUGGCCCUUGCUCUUCCCACAGCAAGCCUCAGUCUACCAGGCGCAGUUGCUACACUACACGAAUCUCGUCUCACCGGGACGAGGAGGCGGCUUGCAACAACCCCAAGCGCUUCCUCCGGCGACGGUGGCUACCCCUCAGAUCCAGGCGGCCCCUCGGUCUAGAUCAUCCUCCAAGGUGUCGAACAAGGAAAUAUCCUCAAUCAAGGGUUCCCAAGGAGGCCAUGGGAAUAGAGCUGUGCAGACUAAAGACAAAGGCGAUCGCGCUGUCAUAACAGGCAAGGACGCUCCGCCCAAGAUGCAGCAGUCAUCGCAGCAACCGGAGCUUUCACAUCCUCUCCCCGCACGCCCAGCUGCCCGGACUGGCAAUGGACAAUCCCACUCCAACUCGAUGCCCUCGACUCCUCAACAGCAUGCUAGAAACUUCUCGUUUGAGUCGCGGGAACCUUCGCCAACGGCCACGAAUAAUCACUCUCCCCGGUCAGCUUACUCAGAGACGAACAGCAACCUCCCGUCAUUACGCCCCCUUCCUCCCCGACUCAUGGGUGGCUGCCAAUAUGAGACUUCUCAGAUGAAUUCGAAGAGGAGGAUGCCCUACAGCAUAGGAAGCGACAAGCUGGAAAAGAUCAGCCUCGAGAAGAUCAAGAGCAAGUUGUCGGAAGAUGAGGAGAGAAAACUGACCACAGAUAUGCGCGAGUUGUACGACCGGUUACGACCGACUGAGAAGGUCGAGGAGAACCGUCAAAAGCUCGUCGUCAAGCUGGAGAGAAUAUUCAACGAGGAAUGGCCUGGGAAUGAUAUCCGCGUACAUCUCUUUGGCUCCUCGGGCAACUGGCUUUGCUCGGACGACUCGGAUGUCGAUAUUUGCAUUACAACGCCUUGGAAGGACUUAGAGGGCGUCUGCAUGAUUGCAGCACUGCUUGCGAAGAAGGGCAUGCAAAAAGUCGUCUGCAUUUCCGGCGCUAAAGUUCCCAUCGUCAAGAUCUGGGAUCCCGAGCUCGGCCUUGCAUGCGACAUGAACGUGAACAAUACUCUGGCAUUGGAGAACACGAGAAUGGUCAGAACAUACAUUGAGAUCGAUCCUCGAGUGCGGCCCUUGGCAAUGGUUAUCAAGUACUGGACGCGGAAGAGGAUCAUAAAUGAUGCUGCGUUCGGCGGUACCCUUAGCUCUUACACGUGGAUUUGCCUGAUCAUCGGAUUUCUCCAGCUCCGCGACCCGCCGAUACUUCCCUCACUUCACCAGCGACAACAUCAACGGCUCCCUAAGAGAGGCGGGCGCGAGAGCGCAUUCGCCGAUGACUUGGAAAAGCUGGGCGGAUUCGGCGAAAAGAACGAGGCGUCUUUGGGUGAGCUCCUGUUCCAGUUCUUGCGCUUUUACGCGCACGAGUUCGACUACGACAAACAUGUGAUAUCGAUCCGCCUCGGACGGAAGGCAACGAGACUGGAAAAAGGAUGGCACAUUGGCAUAAACAAUCAUUUGUGCGUGGAGGAGCCAUUCAAUACUGUUCGCAACCUGGGCAACACCGCAGAUGAAUAUUCUUUCCGCGGUCUCCAUUUGGAGUUGCGACGAGCAUUUGACCUGAUCUCAGAAGGAAAUCUGGGCGAAUGCUGCGAACAAUACGUCUACCCCAAGGAAGAAACACCACUGUUCCAGCGUCCGCCAAACACUUCGAGGCCCGUCAUGAUCCGCAGUUCUUCUCAGCAACACUCUGGUAGAGGGGGCCGUGGAAACUUCCGUGGAGGACGACACUCGAACAACUUCCAGCGGAAUGUGAACUCGAACAGGAGAGCUUCUUCGAGCGUUGCCUACGACACCAACACCAUGUACAUGCCUUCCGUGGCUAUGACCCCCCAGGAGCUUGCGUGGUACGCGCAACAGGCACAGUCUCAUCAGCAAUAUCCAGCGCUUGUAGGUGCAGCCAUGGCCGCCCAGGUUCAGCAAGAAAAUAACAUUCGGUUCCAGCUGUACACUCAAUCCCAGGUUUAUCAGCAAGUCCAAGCACAGAUGGCCGCCCAAAUGCACGCUGCUCAGAGGAUGCAGGGGUCCUCUUCAGCUUCGCAGCAGGGCCCAGAACGGCCCAGAACCAACUCUUUCGACAACCCGCCCCUGAGUGCUCCCAUCGCUAGCCCUCAAGAUUGGUAUAGCAUGUACGGAGUCCCCAUGACGGCCUACUACGGCCAGUCGAGCUUCGCCUAUCCCUCCUCGCCGGCGACAGUGACAACCACUACGCCAGAGUAUCGAAGGGGCCUUCAGAGAUCAUCAGCGACAACAGAGUCAGGCGCCUCGACUUCAGGAAGCUCACUCAGGUCGCAGUCUCAGCCUGCCUCCCGCUCUGCCCCUACAGCACAGCACAACCAGGCAUAUCCGGGGACCAGCACGCCGAUGAACGUUAGUUCAAAUCCUACACGGCAAGUGAAUGGCAUACCGGUCUCGAACGGCGUGCUAGGUGACGUCGAUCACGACGAAACCCCCAAGGCCCCAGCGAGCAAUUCGCCUGCCUCUGACGAAGGAGCUUAUUUGGGUUACUACGUUUCAGAUGCCUCCAGCCCGGCGCGUUCUCAAGUAGCGCCCAACGCCAUAGCUUUUGCGGACACAACUCAGCCAACCCAAGGUCGUCGUAGGUUGUCGACCGAGGUUCCGCAGACUAUUCUGGACCGCAGAAUGCGAAGAACAUCUCGCUCACCGUCUCCCCUUGGCCAUACCCGAGCCUUCUCCACUGGAGGUAACUCGGUGGCGUCCGCUCCAACCAUUGCGUCUGGCAGCACGAAUGGUCUUCGAACAGCAUCGCGGCCUUUGGUAGUCAACGGCACUGGGUCAUCUUUGCGCACGAGUUCGACGCCAUCGCAACGUCACACUUCUGCAGUGAUUGCAACGGAAUCCAAUGCGGCUGAUGAUCAAUGCCGUUCAUCUCAGGAAAGUACGCUGAAAAUUCAAGGCCUCGGAAUAAGCGGCUACGCCGCAGAUCAGGUGGACGGCCAGGCCUUCCCCAGGUCUGAACCAGUUCAGACGCCCGUUCCUGAGCGGGCUCCAGUGAUUGUCAACGGCACCACCACUCCAUCGGCAACCGCCAUCGCGACGACCUCGGCCUCGCCUGCUUCUGCUCCUCAACCCGUCGAUGACGCCUCAUUUCGUGACAGGAUCGCACUCAUGUCGAUGAAUCAGUAUGCUUGGACACCGCAAGGUCAAGCGCAAACGCAGCCGCAACCAGACAAUAUCAAUGGCACCCAGACAUCACACCGCCAGAGAGCCCUAGCGAGACCGCAAAGUGGAGUAAUAGCGCCACUUGAUCUCGCAACUCGAGAAAACAGGAUGAAUGGCCAUCAGUUGAGCAUUGAGGCACAGCACCUUUCACCAAUCAACGAGACUAGAUCCCCUUCGCCAACAGUUGUGAGAAAGAAUGACUUCGCAUCAAAAAAUGACCAGUUGCCACCAGCUGCACAGAAUUCAGCACCGAAGGCCCAUGUUGAGCCAUUUAUUUCAGGGAACCAUAGCAAAGGGGUUGCCGCAAAGGAAUCCAAGCAAGGCCAUGUAUCGACUCAGUCACCGAAGCGAGGUUCAACGGCCGCACAGCGCUCAGUUCAAGGGACCGCCCAGACUCAGUCACAGCUACAUACCUCCGGCCAGGCUCAGGCCCAAUCUCCCAAGGUCAACGGCGUUCGAGAAAACGGUCACACUCGUGGUGUCAAGAGUGAAAGCCCUGAAGGCACAUGGCAAAAGGCCACCAAGGGCCGCAAGAAAGGUGCCGACACUAAGAACCAUGGUGGCGGCUUUGUUUCCAGCGAGCAGCCACCCAAGCACGAAGCAGACCGAAAGGGCGGCUAA